GCCCGCCCCUCCUCCCCAGCCACCUGCUGUUUCUGCCCUGGAGAACCUGGUGGGCGGCAGGAGGGAGGAGCCGCGUGACCUUACCCCUUCACCCCAAAAGGCGAGGGGCCCCGUACCCCCCUGGAGUCCCCCAGGUCCCCCGUCCCACCUGCCUCUGAUUUUUCUCUGCCCUUCACCUCCCUCUCUGUCCUUCACAUCCUUCCUGUCUCCGUCCCUCUCUGACUUCCCAUCUCUUCCUUCCUGAGCCCCCCGGCUGGGCCUGGGCGGGCGUGGGUGGGAAGGGGUCCGAGGUCGUCGGGGAGGAAAAUGGGGGAGGCGCUCCUGACCAAGUCUCCCCACCUCCCUCUGGCUGGCCAUUGCCAUAGCAACUAGGGUGCACUGGGCUCCAGAGAGAAGACAAAGGUUGGGUGGGCCAGGACCUCUUGGGGAGGGCAAGGGUCUGAGGUUCUUCCAGAGGAAUCGACCCUCCCACUGCGGUGCCCCCCUUUCCUCCCAUUUACCCCAAAGCCAUUAUGCCCAUCCUUCCUGCCUCCACUCUGUUUGGGGUUGCACCUGCUUUCCUCUGAGCUCCCUCCCAGGGGCUUACUGAAGCUCAGCGUUCAGCGUCAUGAAAUUCAGAACUACCCUCCCUCCCGUGAGAAGGAAAGUGAGGCCGGGGCAGGGAGGAGAGACUCAGUGUCUACCGGUGGGAAGCAGCACCUUAGCACAUUGAGCUUCUCUUCCCAGCCUCUCCAUUCCCUGUUGCCUCUCUCCCUCCCUCCCCCCCUCCCUCCUCCAGUCUCCUCUCCAGGGGUCUCUGGGCUUUUCCUUCUAUUUUCAGAUACUAUCACUUUGCCCCCUCCUUCUUUCCCUCCUGCUGAAACUCUCCUCCUUCCCCCUAGUCCCCCCUCUUUCCAUUUCUGGAUGCUUCUGAUGUCAGCGGUUUCCCCGCCUUCAGGUUCCCUAGGCCCCCCUUGGUCCCGGCCUCUUUUCUCCCAUCUUCCCAGACUCCUGGUGAGCAGGAGGGUGAUCAUGCAGACGUGGAGAAAUGGGGCUGAGCACCAAGACCAUGGGCCCGGGAGCCUGGAAGGUUGGGGGGGGGGACUGUAAUACCAUAUCCCGGCUUACCGUGAACCCUCAGGAAGAAACAAGUCAUGCACCUGCCAUCAGCAGCUCUGAAGAGAGACUCUGGGCAGGAAGAUAGUGGUUGAGUGGUACUGAGCAGGGGGUAUGAGAAGAAGGAACCAGAGAGUGCCAGAGGGAGGGAAAGGGGCUGAAAAGGGGUGGGAGACAGGAGGUCCGAACACCUUCUUUUCUGGAGGUCUGGAAACAGGGUUCUUAUCUGUGUGGGGUGGUUGAACCGCUAUCUGAUUUAAGACAGGAGAGUGACCCCUAGCAAUCAGGCAUUUCUUUGGUUGCAUGAGAAGGGGAGCACAAGAAGCCAGUUGGGGACCAGCCUAGGCCUUAUCUUCGCCCUCCCCCCUUCCACAUCUCAUCUCUCCCUUGCAGUUUGUGCAGGUGGCUGAGCCUCACCCCCACACCCCUUGGGGGCAUCCAGAAGAUCCCCGACUGGUCAAGAACCAGAGGAAGAAGAGAUCUGCAAGUCUGGGCAUGGGGGCCAGAGCUCCCCAGCCAACCGCAUAGUUGGCAAAGCAGCCAGCUUGCCUCCCCGGUCAACUACAGGGAGGGUCCCACUCAGUAUGGAGGUUGAGGACCACCUCUGCUGAGCCCCAGUCUCUUCCCCUGCCCUCCACAGCUGACCUUAGCUGGGUCAGUUAUGCAAUGCUGAGCAUUAGGGUGGGCCGAGGGGCUGCCUGCCUCACUACAGGGCAAGGACUGUGGGCAUCAUGGCGGUGUGUGUGAGUGGGGCUCCUGGGUGAGACCUCGCCCCCACCCCCAGGAGUUCAAAGGGGGUGGGGGGCUGAGAACAGGAUGGCUCGGGCCGGGGCCGGGGCAGAAGAAGCCUCGCUGCGCUCAAACGCGCUGUCCUGGCUGGCCUGUGGGCUCCUGGCCCUGCUGGCCAACGCCUGGAUAAUCCUCAGCAUCUCUGCCAAGCAGCAGAAGCACAAGCCACUGGAGUUGCUGCUCUGCUUCCUGGCGGGCACACACAUACUCAUGGCGGCCGUGCCCCUCACCACCUUCGCUGUGGUGCAGCUCCGGCGCCAGGCUUCCUCUGACUAUGACUGGAAUGAGAGCAUCUGCAAGGUCUUUGUGUCCACCUACUACACACUGGCCCUGGCCACCUGCUUCACAGUUGCCUCACUCUCCUACCAUCGCAUGUGGAUGGUGCGUUGGCCUGUCAACUACCGCCUCAGCAAUGCCAAGAAGCAGGCGCUGCAUGCUGUCAUGGGCAUCUGGAUGGUCAGCUUCAUCCUCUCCACACUGCCCUCCAUUGGCUGGCACAACAACGGUGAGCGCUACUACGCCCGAGGCUGCCAGUUCAUAGUCUCCAAGAUUGGCCUCGGCUUUGGCGUCUGCUUCAGCCUCUUGCUACUUGGGGGCAUUGUCAUGGGGUUGGUCUGUGUGGCCAUUACCUUCUACCAGACGCUGUGGGCCAGGCCCCGGAGGGCAAGGCAGGCCCGGAGAGCAGGGGGUGUUGGUGGGGCCAAGGGCAGUGGGCCAGGGGGCUUGGGUACACGGCCAGCCUUUGAGGUGCCAGCCAUUGUGGUGGAAGAUGCCCAAGGGAAGCGGCGGUCCUCGCUGGAUGGCUCCGAAUCGGCCAAGACAUCCCUGCAGGUCACCAACUUGGUCAGCGCCAUCGUCUUUCUCUAUGACUCACUCACAGGGGUGCCCAUCCUGGUGGUGAGCUUCUUCUCGCUGAAGUCGGACUCGGCUCCCCCGUGGAUGGUGCUGGCCGUGCUGUGGUGCUCCAUGGCACAGACGCUGCUGCUGCCCUCCUUCAUCUGGUCCUGCGAGCGCUACCGCGCGGACGUGCGCACGGUGUGGGAGCAGUGCGUGGCUAUCAUGUCCGAGGAGGAUGGCGAAGACGAUGGGGGCUGUGAUGACUACGCAGAUGGCCGAGUGUGCAAAGUUAGAUUUGAUGCUAAUGGGGCCACAGGACCAGGGGACCCCACCCAGGUGAAGUUGCUGCCUGGGAGGCACAUGCUCUUUCCCCCUCUUGAGAGGGUCCACUACUUACAGGUCCCUCUGUCCCGCCGUCUGUCCCACGACGAGACCAAUAUCUUCUCUACUCCUCGGGCACCAGGGUCCUUCCUGCACAAGUGGUCAUCCUCUGAUGACAUCCGGAUCCUCCCAGCGCACAGCCAGGCUCUGGGAGGCCCUCCUGCGUACCUGGGACACAGACAAAGGCUAGAGGAUGAGGAGGAGGAGGAGGCUGAAGGUGGAGGGCUAGCCAGCCUUCGACAAUUCCUGGAGGGUGGCAUUCUGGGAUCAGGUGGGGGACACCCACAGGGGCCUGGCUUCUUCCGGGAGGAGAUCACCACCUUCAUUGACGAGACACCUCUGCCUUCUCCAACUGCCUCUCCGCCCUGGCCUAGGCCACUGGGCCUCUCACCCCGCCGACUCUCCCUUGGGUCCCCUGAUAAUAGAGCCAUUGGACUUCCCUUGGGGCUGAGUGCGGGGAGACGCUGCUCCCUGACAGGAGGUGAGGAGAGUGCAAGAGCUUGGGGAGGCUCCUGGGGUCCAGGUAACCCCAUCUUCCCCCAGCUGACCCUGUGAGCCCAAGUGGGCCUGUUGGACUCAGAGGAGGGGGCCUGGGUAGGUAACGCCUCCUUCUGGCCCUGAGCUUAGGGCAGCUGCCUCCAGACUCUAGGGAGAUGGGCACUGGAUCUGGGGUCCUGGGGCCCCUGCUUUCUCCCAUCCAAGUAACCAGAUGCCCUACUCACCUUCUAUCACCCUUAGUAAAAUGUAUUAAAGUCUGAAGUGUUACCAUGGAAA